AUGGAGGCGAAAUAUGCCUCUCUGUGGGACAAGUGGCUCGAAGAAGCACUCUCGAAGCUCGAAUCCCUCAAAGUUUUGAGAUCCCUAAGGCCAAUUCAGCUUCCCGGUCGAGUUGGCAUUCAAUCCACCUCCGGCGAUAGCUCUCGCGCGUAUCCUCACGAGCAGCUUCCAAUUUUUGACGGCCCAACAAAAGGAGACAGAGCUUCUGUUGAAGUGAACAUUUCUGAAUCCACAUUCCGGAAAUGGCUACACGAUGUUCCUAGCGAUGACAAUGAUAUCAUAUAUCAGAACAUAGAUGCUGAUGAUAAAGGAGACUCAACUGGUGGGAACCUUAGGAAGCUAAUCGUAUUCUCUGGAAAUGAUUAUUUGGGUUUGAGUUCACAUCCAAUGGCAGCUCAGGAUCACGGAAUGGGUCCAAGAGGUUCUGCUUUGAUCUGUGGUUACACUAAUUACCACAGGCUACUUGAAUCAUCACUCGCCAAUCUGAAAAGAAAAGAGGAUUGCCUUCUUUGUCCGACAGGCUUUUCAGCCAAUAUGGCCUUUAUGACAGCGCUUGGAAAUGUCGGUUUUCUGGUUGCCGGGGGGAAACCCUUGCAAGAUGAUAGGGUUGCCAUAUUUUCUGAUGAACUAAACCAUGCAUCGAUAAUCGAUGGCAUUCGACUUGCUGAGAAACAAGGAAAUGCUGUGGCAUUUGUUUACAAGCACUGUGAUAUGUCCCAUCUGGAUGCAUUGUUUUUCGUUCAUUUCGCCAGCCUGUUUAGCAUGGAUGGGGAUUUUGCACCGAUGACUGAGCUUGCAAAACUACGUAAGAAGCAUGGGUUUUUGUUCGUAAUUGACGAUGCUCACGCAACCUUUGUUUGUGGGAAGAAUGGUGGUGGGGCAGCCGAAAUGUUCAACUGCGAAAAUGAUGUCGACAUUUGCAUAGGCACUCUGAGUAAAGCUGCAGGAUGCCAUGGUGGAUUUAUUGCAUGCAGCAAGAAAUGGAAGCUGCUCAUCCAAUCCCGUGGAAGGUCCUUUAUAUUCUCGACUUCUACACCAGUGCCUGUUGCUGCUGCAGCCCACGCUGCCAUUGUUGUGGCAAAAGAAGAGGCAUGGCGUAGAGAGUCUAUUCAUAAACGGGUUCAGGAUUUUCGUGCUUUGACAGGGAUUCUUGUGGAAAGUCACAUCAUCUCAAUUGUCGUUGGGCGUGAGAAUAAGGCUCUGCAAGCUAGCCGGCAUCUUCUGAGAUUAGGUUUUCAUGUGACUGCAAUUAGACCUCCCACAGUACCACCAAACUCAUGCAGGUUAAGGAUAACUCUAAGUGCAGCACACACAAGAGAUGAUUUGAGAAAGCUCACAGAUGCACUUGCUGAGUGCAUCGAUGUUCGGGAGACUGAAGUUCAUGGAAGAAAUUGCUACCCCAAGCUCUAGUGUUUUAUUUUAUAGAUUAAAAAUAUUACUUCUUUGGGUUUGUCUCUUAGACUAUGUAAUGGAGAAACACCUUAUUGUAUUGGAAACUAUCUGAAUUUGAUAUGUAGUAAAGCCUUGGGUAAACAAGGCAAAAAUGAUGUGUACUCAUUGUAUGAGCAUUUACUGUCUUUUUGGUGAUUAGCUAUCCCCUAUUCAUCAUCUCCCCAUAUUCAUUCCUCACAAAAGCUGGCUGGACGUGUAAAGUUUCGAAAUUUGUUAUAUCAGGUAACUUUGGC